CAGCCAUCAGACAACCGCAACGUCGUUCCGAGUGUACAACCACCCUACGGCAAAAUGGCCAAAUGCGUCUUCUAUCUAUGCAUAUACACCUCCGUCAUCGUUCAUGCGAGAGCGGAGGCAGGGAUCUUCUACAAUCCUCCGACCGGCGGCCCCAUCCACGACUACUCGGAGGACCCCGUCUACACCCUCGAACAGACCGUCCAGCUCCGAUGGGCGACCAGCCUCGAAUACCUCUCUCUGAUGCUCUGGCAGAAUGACAAUUCCGACUACGAGUGGCUUCAAACCAACCUCAGCGGUGUCACCAGCUACGACUGGGUGGUCAGCACCCAAAGGAACCUGAGCGACGGCGUAGUGUUCUUCUUCCAGAUCCGCGAUGCGACCGAUCUGGAAGACUGGGACGGGGUGUUCGCCAGCCACUACUUCAAUAUCUCUGCGGGUACGACCACCACGGCAGCAAUCGGAACCUCAACUACAACAACGGCGGUAUCGACGUCUGCCACAUCCAUCCCCUCUGUGGCGUUGACUGCAUCAGCUGCUGUCACCGCCACAUCGGCAUCGGCGGAGACCACCACCCCGGCAGCGACGACUUCGGGGUCGGGUAGAGGAGCAAAGAUCGGAAUCGGAGUGGGGGUGCGUUUGGGCUGUGCGCUGUUGCUGACGAUCGGACUGGCCUGGUACUGGCUCUGGCGACGUAGGAAGGUAGCCAGACGAGGGGCGAUGGCUCCGAUGGAUAUGAGAAGCGAGACUGUGCCAUCGUAUGAGUUGCCGGCUUUCUCGAAGGAUCCCAAAUACUCGCGUGCAUCGGUACCUGCGGAGAUGGAGGGCCGCGAGGAGGUCCCGUAUGAGUUGCCAUCAUAAGAGACUCACUGCAUCUAGGGCCUGUCAUGGGACAAUAUCGGUGAUCAUCGGUUAAUGAUAAUAUCU